AUACCGCGGCCAUGUCCCUAAUGUAGCUUUUUCCUUUGGUGACACCUAUGGAAAUACCACCAUGAAAUAUUUUCAAGACUUCCGAAAUGCUGCAAUGGAAACCAGCCACAGUCCCUACAGCAAAGGGGGGCAAUUCCCAACUCUUUUCUCCCGUGACCCAUCUCUCGUGCUUGGGGAAAGGGAAAGAGGCUGGGAUCGAUGGCUACAUACUCCUAAUUACUCUCGGUACAAUUUGGAUAUGAACCGCUCAGAAGAAUUGCAAGAGUUCUACAAGCUUACUCAGAUGCAUCGUGAACAUUACAGAGAUAAGACAGGGACAUUGCACCUGGUUCCAUACUUUGUUCUGCCUACGAAGGAAAGAGACAAGUACCCUCAUCCUCUUGAUCUCCCACCACUGAGUGCCAAAGCAAUGUGGCAUCUCCAUCGCAUCUCGCCAGAGAAUCUACGGACAUAUCAGACUUUCCCCUCAGGAAAGAGAGUGAGUGCACAGGAGAGAGCAGUCCGAGACAGCUUUUUUGAGUUCAGAGCCUGAGUGAAGAAGGCUGCCAUUCCCGUAUACCCUUUGAGAGGAAAGUCAGAGCUUGGGAGUAAAAAGAGUUUGAAGAAUAGGAAAUCAUAAAGUUGAUAUUCUUGACCAUGCAUUGUUGCCUAGGAAUACGUGUUAUACAAUCUUCUUUUAUAUAUAUAAAAAUGGCUCUGUGUGUGUACGUUCCAGCAUCACUCUGGAACGGCUUGAACAAUUUCAACCAAACUUGGUACACAGAU